AGCUUAUUUUUUUACAGUUUAAUAAUAAUUUUUAGUUUCAUUCUAAUUUCAUCAAUUUUCUGCACGCCAUACUAUUUUAUUAACUAGAAUUUAGUGAUUUUGUCGCAAAGAGAGCAGGCUGCAAACAUCUGCGAACAAAGCACAAAUUUGCAAAAAGCGCACAAAAUAGCGACGAUAGUGGGACAAAAUCAAUAUUGCUUAAAGAUAAUUUUAUUAAAAACACACACAUAUAUACAGUUACUGAAGCACAAAACCAAGUAUUUAGUAAUAUUUUAUAAAGUUCAAUGCUUUCCGCCGCUUGGAGAAACGUACAGCAGGGUGUUGUGCGCAAUGCAUCUGCUGUUUAUUUUCGAGGUGUGUGCAGCGGCGGACGCCCGCCCGCUUGGGCAAGUGCAAGCACACUUGCUAUCAAGCGGAAUAGUCUGGAUUUUGUGUCGCUGCGACGUUUUGACAUCAAAAUACAAAAAUUACUCAAAGUUGGUAUAAACAAGAUGCACAGUUCAGUUGUGGAUAUAAAAUCUUCCUGUAUUAACGUGAAGGUGUUGCCUGCGCUGGAAGACAAUUACAUGUAUUUGAUUAUCGAUAAAGCAACAAAAAAUGCAGCCGUUGUUGACCCCGUUGACCCAGAUGUUGUAAUUGCCGCCGUACAGGCCGAAGAUCUUAAAUUAACUAAAAUUCUUACGACGCAUCAUCACUGGGAUCACGCCGGCGGUAAUCAGAAGUUACUCAAACAAUUCGAUAAAUCGCUGCCAGUAUAUGGAGGGGAUGAUCGUAUUGAAGGUCUUACGCACAAAGUGACCCAAGAUGAGCGCUUUCAAAUUGGUAAUCUUGAAGUGACUUGUAUGGCCACGCCUUGUCAUACUAAAGGUCAUAUCUGUUACUAUGUGCGUUCGCCAAAUGGUGAUGAACACGCCGUUUUUACUGGUGAUACACUCUUCCAAGGUGGCUGUGGGCGUUUCUUUGAAGGCACGCCAGAUCAAAUGUACUCGGCAUUAUGUCAAAAAUUGUCUUCUCUACCGGAUGAAACAAAAGUCUAUUGUGGUCACGAGUAUACGCUGCAGAAUUUGGCUUAUGCACGACAUGUGGAACCGUUAAAUGCUUGUGUUUCGGAACGCAUCGAAUGGGCGAAGUUGCAACGUGCUACCAAAUCGCCCACCGUGCCCUCGACUAUUGCUCAGGAAAAGACUUGGAAUCCAUUUAUGCGUGUACAUGAGUUUGAUGUGCAAAAGCAUGCUAAAGCAAAGGAUCCCAUUAAAACUAUGGGUAGUCUGCGCAAGGAGAAGGACAACUUCAAGGCUUAAAGCUUGAAAUAAGAAAUAUUUCGAAGAGAUUGAUACAGCUCGCCAUAAUAUGGCAGGCGCAAAUCUUAACUUUUUCUCAUAUACUUCUAUUUUUUUAAUUGUUUUGGUUGUUUGUUUGUAGAAAUAUAUAGAUAUAUAUAUAUUUGCUUUUUUUUGUCAAUCUGUUAAUUUUAUAAGUGUGCUUAUAAAUCUUUAAUAAGUAAAUGAGGACUAGAUUUAUUUUUUGUUACGAUUUCAUUUUUAUAUAAAUACUGGGUGAAAACUAUUUUGAAAAAUUGUGUUGAGAAAACUGUGAAUUUAUGUAUGUCAAUGUAAUUCAAACCGAAUUAAAAAUUUAAAUAAACUAUUUGUGAUUUUUUGCCUUAA